UCGCUCUCGGUGCCGCCUGCGCCGCCCGGCUCGGGGCUGCUCGCAGCUCCGGCUCCCAGCCCGGCGCUCCGGCGCGGCUCGGGCUCCGGAGGACUGGACCGCGCGACUGGCCGGCCGAUCCCUGGGCCGGGCGCGGGAGCAGGGCCCGGCAUGGCGCUCCCCACGACACAGCUCGCUGUCUUGUCCCUGCUGCAAGCCGCCCUCUCCCUGAACCCCGAGGACCCCAACGUGUGCAGCCACUGGGAGAGCUACGCCGUGACCGUGCAGGAAUCGUAUGCACACCCCUUCGAUCAGAUCUACUACACACGAUGCACAGACAUCCUCAACUGGUUCAAGUGCACCAGGCACCGGAUCAGCUAUAAGACAGCGUAUCGGCGCGGCCUCCGGACCAUGUACCGCCGGAGGUCCCAGUGCUGCCCUGGCUACUACGAGAAUGGAGACUUCUGCAUACCCCUGUGUACGGAGGAGUGUGUGCACGGCCGCUGCGUCUCCCCGGACACCUGCCACUGCGAGCCUGGCUGGGGAGGGCCCGACUGCUCCAGCGGCUGCGACAGCGACCACUGGGGCCCCCACUGCAGCAACCGGUGCCAGUGCCAGAACGGCGCCCUGUGCAACCCCAUCACCGGCGCCUGCGUGUGCGCCGCCGGCUUCCGUGGGUGGCGCUGCGAGGAGCUCUGCGCGCCCGGCACCCAUGGCAAGGGCUGCCAGCUGCAGUGCCAGUGCCGCCACGGCGCCAGCUGUGACCCCCGCACGGGCGAGUGCCUCUGCGCGCCUGGCUACACCGGCGUCUACUGCGAGGAGCUGUGCCCUCCUGGGAGCCACGGAGCUCACUGUGAGCUGCGCUGUCCCUGCCAGAAUGGGGGCACCUGCCACCACAUCACUGGCGAGUGUGCCUGCCCACCAGGCUGGAUGGGAGCAGUGUGCGCCCAGCCUUGCCCACCAGGGACGUUUGGCCAGAACUGCAGCCAGGACUGUCCUUGCCACCAUGGAGGGCAGUGUGACCAUGUGACUGGACAGUGCCACUGCACAGCUGGAUACAUGGGGGACAGGUGCCAGGAAGAGUGCCCCUUCGGGACCUUCGGCUUCCAGUGCUCACAGCGCUGUGACUGCCACAACGGGGGCCAGUGCUCGCCCACCACGGGUGCCUGCGAGUGUGAGCCUGGCUACAAGGGCCCGCGCUGCCAAGAGCGGCUGUGCCCCGAGGGCCUGCACGGCCCGGGCUGCACCCUGCCCUGCCCCUGCGAUGCCGACAACACCAUCAGCUGCCACCCAGUAACCGGAGCUUGCACCUGCCAGCCAGGCUGGUCUGGCCACCACUGCAAUGAAUCCUGCCCUGCUGGCUACUACGGCGAUGGCUGCCAGCUGCCUUGCUCCUGUCAGAACGGCGCUGACUGCCACAGCAUCACCGGGGGCUGCACUUGUGCCCCAGGCUUCAUGGGAGAGGUCUGUGCAGUUCCCUGUGCAGCAGGAACCUACGGCCCCAACUGCUCGUCCGUCUGCAGCUGUAACAACAGUGGCACUUGCUCCCCAGUGGAUGGGUCCUGCACUUGCAAGGAAGGGUGGCAGGGCCUGGACUGCACUCUGCCCUGCCCGAGUGGGACGUGGGGCCUGAACUGCAACGAGAGCUGCACCUGUGCCAACGGGGCGGCCUGCAGCCCCGCAGACGGCUCCUGCGCCUGCACCCCCGGCUGGCUGGGAGACACCUGCGAACUGCCCUGCCCGGAUGGCACAUUCGGGCUGAACUGCAGUGAACGCUGUGACUGCAGCCAUGCGGAUGGCUGCGAUCCCGUCACAGGCCACUGCUGCUGCCUGGCCGGAUGGACAGGCAUCCGCUGCGAUAGCACCUGUCCACCUGGUCGCUGGGGCCCCAACUGCUCCGUCUCCUGCAGCUGUGAGAAUGGCGGCUCUUGCUCCCCAGAGGAUGGGAGCUGCGAGUGUGCCCCUGGCUUCCGAGGACCCUUAUGCCAGAGAAUCUGCCCCCCUGGGCUCUAUGGCCAUGGCUGCGCCCAGCCAUGCCCCCUCUGCGUGCACAGCAGCGGGCCCUGCCACCACGUCAGCGGCGUCUGUGAGUGCCUCCCCGGAUUCUCUGGCGCCCUCUGCAACCAAGUGUGUGCUGGAGGACACUUUGGGCAGGACUGUGCCCAGCUCUGCUCCUGUGCCAACAACGGGACUUGCAGCCCCAUCGAUGGCUCCUGCCAGUGCCUCCCCGGAUGGAUUGGCAAAGACUGCUCACAAGCUUGCCCCCCUGGGUUCUGGGGCCCCGCCUGCUUCCACACAUGCAGCUGCCACAACGGGGCGAGCUGCAGCGCCGAGGACGGGGCCUGCCACUGCACCCCUGGCUGGACUGGACUCUUCUGCACACAGCGCUGCCCAGCAGCGUUUUUUGGGAAGGACUGUGGACGCGUGUGCCAGUGUCAGAAUGGCGCCAGCUGUGACCACAUCAGUGGCAAGUGCACGUGCCGCAUAGGCUUCACCGGGCAGCACUGUGAACAGAGAUGUGCCCCAGGAACCUUUGGCUACGGGUGUCAGCAGCUGUGUGAGUGCAUGAACAACUCUACCUGUGACCAUGUCACCGGCACCUGUUACUGCAGUACUGGAUUCAAAGGAAUCAGGUGUGACCAAGCCGCCCUCAUGAUGGAGGAGCUGAAUCCCUACACCAAGAUCAGCCCAGCACUGGGUGCAGAGCGGCACUCGGUGGGUGCUGUCACGGGCAUCAUCCUCCUGCUGUUCCUCAUGGUGGUGCUGCUGGGCCUGUUUGCCUGGCGACGGCGGAGGCAGAAAGAGAAGGGCCGAGACCUGGCUCCCCGCGUCUCCUACACACCUGCCAUGAGGAUGACCAGCACAGACUACUCCCUCUCCGAUUUGUCUCAAAGUAGCAGCCAUGCCCAGUGCCUUUCCAAUUCCAGCUACCACGCACUGGCAUGCGGGGGGCCUGCCACCAGCCAGGCCAGCACUCUGGACAGGAACAGCCCCACCAAGCUCAGUAACAAGUCCCUUGACAGAGACACAGCAGGCUGGACCCCCUACAGCUAUGUGAACGUGUUAGACUCCCAUUUCCAGAUCAGUGCCCUGGAGGCCAGGUACCCGCCCGAGGACUUCUACAUUGAACUUAGACACCUCAGCCACCCCGCUGAGCCACACUCACCAGGUGCUUGUGGAAUGGGUAGACGUCAGAACACAUACAUUAUGGACAAAGGCUUCAAAGAUUACAUGAAAGAAUCCGUGUGCAGUUCUAGUACUUGUUCCUUGAAUAGCAGUGAAAACCCUUACGCCACAAUUAAGGACCCACCCAUCCUCACCUGCAAGCUUCCAGAGAGCAGCUAUGUAGAAAUGAAGUCGCCUGUGCACAGGGGGUCUCCGUACACAGAUGUGCCAUCCUUGUCGACAUCUAAUAAAAAUAUAUAUGAAGUUGAGCCCACAGUCAGCGUGGUCCAAGAAGGCCGCGGUCAUAACUCCAGCUAUAUCCAGAAUCCAUACGACCUACCUAGGAACAGCCAUAUUCCUGGUCAUUAUGACCUCCUCCCAGUAAGACAGAGCCCUGCCAACGGGCCCUCCCAGGACAAGCAGUCUUAAAAGGGAUAAGCUUCUCUCUUGCAGCGUGCCCUGCUGAAUAUUCUCUGACUCUCUGAAAGAAGACAAUCCCUUGACUUGAAAUAAUGGUACAGAUUAUCUCCAGCUGCAUGUUAGUUAUUACGUUCACCUGGAACUAAUGAAGAGUUUCCAAGUGGGACUGGGGUAAUUGUUCAAGGAAUUCUGUUCACAAAGUCAAAUCCUAUCACCCAUUCCCAUUCCCAAAUGCCCUGGAUUAUAUGAUUUUUAAAACAUUUUAAAAUAAAGCUACUCAUCAACGUCAGCUAAAUAUAGUUAAAAUGUCUAUCUAUCUAUCUAUCUAUCUUUUUUUAAAUCUGAAACACAAUGCUUAAAAAGCAUGUAGGUUUUACAAAUCUGGGAGGGGAGAGGAUUACUUUAAAGCACCUGAAAUGUAUAUGUACUUUUGGUUGCUGUUACCACCAUCUGUUUUUAUUACUGAAGAUAACUAGUACAUAGACAUGAACUGUUCUAAUAUCAAAAGUACCUGUACAAUAUAUCUGGUCCAUCAAAUUACAACAGCCAAGUUUACAGAGUUUAGUAUAGAGUUUAAUGCUGACAACUUACAUUUUUAAAAACAAGACUUUAAUAAAUACAGAUUAACUUUCUUCUGCCCCAUAAGUGACAGUAGAUUGAAAAAAAAAAAAAAGACAUUUCCAAAGCACAGCAGUCUCUUUCAGUCUACCACAGUGAUUUCUAGGGUAGCUUUAGAAAAUUUUGCCAAUUCAAAGUUCAAGAAUAUUGCAAGUCAAUCUUGGCCUUUGUCACAUCUCCUUAGUCUACCCAACACCUGAGUUAUUCCAUGUGAAACAGAACUCUAAGACGAUGCUUUAAGUAAGCAGCCAUAGAGUGGUAAGAAUUAAGUGUCCCUAAAAAUGGCUAUUUGGCCUCCCCAAUUUAUUUGGUUGGCAUCCCUUGACUCAGAAGAGUACUUGCACCCAAGCAAUUCUUCAUAAAUCUUGAGCUUGAUGUAGUAUGGAACCUAAAAGUGUAGAAGAAAUUAGACAAAUGUGGAUACAGCAAGUUUAUGCUGCUUAAAGUGCAUUAUGCUUUUUGAUGGAAUGCUUUUUAAAUGAAAUGAUCAAAGAAAGGACUGUAACCAGCUGCUAUAACAGGAUGUAAAAACUUUAUAGUAAACAGCAUGAGGAUAUGAAGUGCUUCUACCUUCUACCUUGACACCACUACUUACUGAGACGACCAAAUACGUAUUACAACGAGCUAAUGCUCCAGAUUCCACUACUGAUGAACGUACGUAAACUGAAGCUCAGACAAGUCAAAAUGGACCCAACUCCCAAUCCCUAAAGAGGACCUCCUCACAAGAAUUAAAAAGAAAAAGGGCAAACCUAGGAAUCUAAUGGCCACCCCUGUACCACUCCAUUCUCUAAUACAGUCCAGCCAGCAAAAAACACUUCCAAAAAAGGUAUACACAAGAGGAACUAAAUGACUGCAAAGCUGGAAUACUGCUCUAGGAAGUGUGGGAAUUCUGAAAUCCUUAAUACGAAUUGGAAGUCUGCCAUGGAACCCGUUAGUUUAGGCAAUAACCAGAAAAAGCAAGAAAAUAAAUAAAUGAGUAAAUUCUCCCUCCACCGUUUCACUCAAGGCAUAAGCAAAUUUUAUUGUUAGAGAAAAAUAUAUAAUACAUUACAUGAAUGCUGCAUGUGUGCAUGGGAGCGAGUGACCAGCAACAGUAAAUUUACUUUCCCAAAAAGCCUUAUUAAAAUAUAAAUACUAGAAAAUUACUUUGUAGACCCAAGUAAAUAUUUCUCAUACAUAUGUACAAAGAAAUAUAGGUAAGAGACUUACCUCAGUAUUUCAGGGCAGCAAGUGCCCAAUUAUCUUUGUGAAGCAAGGAUGAAGAAGCAUGAUGAAGUCAGAUCAGCAAGGAGAAACUUCAUCUCAAUCCCAGGUUUUUAUUUUCUUCCCUUAUCCUGCAUGUACAAUAACUGCUACCAGGCAAACUGCAAACAAGCAGCAUCACUCAAGUUUCACCUCUCUUUUGAUAGCUAUCCCUCUGGGCAAAGGUAUUCAAGCAAGAGGUGGAACAGCUAGAGUACUGAGUCAAGAGAUUACAGUGUUACUCUGGUCAAGUUACUUGCCCUCUCUGGGCUCCGUUUUUCUCCCCAUGCAUUAAAAAGAAGAGAAGAGAAGCAGAGUGGGAAGGGAGCUCUAACAACCCUUCAGCUCUAGCAUCCUAUGGACUUUUAAAAGAAAUGUAAUACAACUCAAAUCAGACAAUACAGAGGAGAAGGGAAAGGCAGAGGGUGUGAUUAAUCUACGGUGACAAUAGCUGCCUUCACAUAUCUAAGAGUUACCAGUAAAAGACAUUUCAAUCUUACAAAGCAACUGUUAGAAACUUCUGCCUAAUACUGUCAUAAAUAGGUUCAUGGUCAGCCUAAACAUGUGUACUGUGUAUUUUAUUGAUGAGUUAGAAAGAUCUGUUCAAUUAUUUUUCAAAAACUAAAUUUUCAACCAAAUAAAUUGACAUGCAUACAAUUCAAAUGAAUAAAAGAAACACAACUAUUGUACAAUAACAUAAAUGAGACUAUGAAAUGGCAAUACUUUUUUAAACCACAGAUUUGUAAUAUAUUUGUUCACUGUGCAGAGGGAUUAUACCUUGUACAAAAUAAAACAAAUUUCUCAAACUA